AUGCAAACGGCUUUGCAGAAAACCUUUGCUCAUCUUGACAAAGGAGAAUUCGAUAAAGUGUCGGCCAAAGAUCUUUACCGUUUGGUCUACGCAUUGGGCGUCUUCCGUGUGCGGGGGCCACCACUUCGACGGGCUCUGGCUGCAGUAACUCCCGCGCUGUUGGAGGCAUAUAGGAACGGCAAGGGUGCGGAAAUAGGGUGUGAGGGUACGAGGAAGGGCUUGGUUCGCAUAGCGUGGUGUAUUGGCCGCGUGAUCGGUGAUAAUGACGAGGAUUGGUGUGAAACUCCAGAGUGGAAGCAAGUACAGAGGCUCCUCAAGGGGACUGCGAAGGAAGUUCGUUUGCUACUCGAUAGUCUCGACAACAAAGAUUUGCUCAUCUUGGAAGAUGUGUAUGGAAAGGCUGAAGCAAACUACAAGCCGUUUUUGAAGGAUGUGAAAGCGGCCAAAGCCACAAUAUCGUAUUACGGCGCGCCGCCACCACCGAAGAGGCACAUCAACGAUCCAAGACGAGAUAUCAAUACUGCUCGACGUCGUGGGAAGCCCAUGAGAUGGAUCUAUGUUGCGACCUUCGGGGUUGCUCCUUUGUUGUAUGAUUUUGAGCUCAACGAUUUCCCUCCCUACUAG